AUGGAUGGGCCAACAGGAAAUGAAGGCAGAAUCGAGAUUUUUCACGACGGAGAAUGGGGAACGGUGUGCGAUGACAGCUUCUCCACCGAGCUUGGUCACGUUUUCUGUCGUAUGGCUGGUUACACUGGCGCUAUCCGCUACCAUCAUUCUGCCCGAUAUGGCCGCGGCGACGGACCAAUCUGGAUCGACGAGCCUUCUUGCAUUGGAUCGGAGAUGAAUGUAAUGAACUGUACGUGGACGAACAAGUGGGGCGAGACAGACUGCGAGCACCACGAAGAUGUAUCCGUAGAGUGUAGUCCCGAGCGAAUUCCUGGCUGGGACAUGCUCAAGCUAAAGAACGCUCAAGCAGUACUUGAAAAUGACGAUUUUAAAUUGAGAUUGAAACCUCUCUUUCGCCAUAGGCGCAACUCAAUCAGCGAGAAAGGCUUCAUCACCGCCGGUUUUCUUGAGCACUUUUCGAAGCGAGACAAUAAAUGGUACCGAGUCUGCGCGGAUGGUUGGUCUCACGCGAACUCCAGGGUCGCAUGUGGUCAGUUAGGUUUCUCAAGCUUCAACGAAUUCGACUACGGAGGCUACACACGAGGCGAGCGUCUCCGGCGAAGUCAAUUCGGCCUCAAAGACGUGACUUGCGAUGGGAGUGAGAACAAUCUCCAGUGGUGCGAAAAAAUUGAGCUCGGCCAAAAUCACAGAGAUUGCACAUCGCACCAGCCGGUUGUCCUUCAAUGCAAACCAGGACGGCAUUACACGGAUAGAAUAACCCUCACAGAUCAACAUGUAGACAAUAUGUUCACGCGAAGCAGACAGCCGGAAGGCCUUCGUGUCAGGCUGAAGUCCGGAGGGAACCUUGGGUCCGGAAGAGUCGAGGUAAUGAUCAAUUCGGAAUGGGGCACUGUUUGCCACAACGGUUGGUCAGUCCUGUCCGCCAACGUUGUCUGCCGACAGCUAGGAUUUGGAACAGCAAAACAUGCCUUCUCGAACUCGGAAUUUGGAAAUGGCCAUGGGCCUGUUUUUGGUCCGAUGUCAACUACGGAGCUGGACAUCAAUAUUUCCGCAUACCAAUUGAGGAUGCGCGAAAGUUGUAAUCACGGACACGAUGUUUCUGUUAUCUGCAAUACACCCAAGAUUGAAGAGAAAGCGGAAUUGAAUAUAAGGCUUGUUAAUGGUCGUCACAUGCGUGAAGGAAGAGUUGAAGUUCAAAUGAAUCGUAAAUGGGGAGCCAUUUGCUCCGAUGACUUCUCAAUGGCGAACGCGAUUGUUCUUUGUCGCCAGUUGGGCUUCGGUCACCCUCAUCAAUUCAUCCAAGACUUGGCCUAUUGGGCAGCAGCUGAUGAUGCAGAAGACAGAGCAAUCCUUACCGGUCUUAAAUGCAAAGGCGAUGAAUAUCACAUCGAAGAAUGCGAAAUUUCGUCAUCAGAGAGAUGUGGAAAAAAGUCAAAAACUCCAUUCGUCGGAAUCGUUUGCAACGAGCGAUCAGCUGAUUUAAUCGUUGACACGGUCCUUCUCGAACAGAGUCUUCAUAUCAAUCGACGAUCGACCGGGCAACUUCAAUGUGCUGCCGAGGAAAACUGUUUGUCAGACACUGCCUACCUUCCAGAGUAUCAUCAAACUCAGUACUGGGAUCCAUACCGAGAGCGAAUGCUUCUCAGAUUUUCAACGCGUGUUUGGAAUCGAGGAACUGCCGAUUUUUUGCCAAAAUCUGCCAGGACAAAUUGGGACUGGCACGCAUGUCACGGACACUACCACUCGAUGGAGCGAUUUAUUGACUACGAUCUUAUGCAUCUGAAUAGGACGAAAGUCGCUCAAGGACACAAGGCUUCUUUUUGUCUCGAAGACAAUGACUGCGAAGGGGAAGCUUCGAGAAGAUACGACUGUGACAAUGUUGGAGGAGGAAAUCAAGGGAUAUCGAUGGGUUGUGCCGAUACAUAUCUUUAUACGCUUGAUUGCCAGUGGAUCGACAUCACUGACGUUCCUCCCGGUGAAUACCUUUUGCGGCUACACGUCAACCCGGAAAUGAAUGUUUCCGAGACAGACUAUUACAACAAUAUCGCUGUUUGCAACAUUAUUUACGAAAAUUCGGCAGGGCAGCUUCGGCUCUACGCAUUCAACUGUCAUAUUCCAGACGACUAUGAAGGACGAUAUAUUACUCAAUUUUACACUGAAAGGGCAUUUGUUGGACGAAGAACUGGCUAUGCGCGUGGAGAAACCCGAACCUAA